AUGUUGUUAUCCAGUAGUCUUUCUAGACCUGAGGUUGUUUGGGAAAGUUCGUGGAGAUACAUGGCGGACGAUUUUGUUUACAGAUUAGCAAAAUACCAUCGAGUUACAGCGUUAUCAAUUCCGGAUCACCAACUGAAGAACUAUGUCUUGGUUGAUAUUGAAAAGUUUUUAUUGCGAAAUAAUUCUUCUUUGCGAAGAUUUGAAUCAAUACCAUAUCCAGAUAUGUUGUCUUCAGGUAUUUCCGAUUGUCGUUUGAUAUACGAGGAGCAGGCAUAUGAUACAACAUACCUUGGAAAUCUGUACGAUAGUCAAUUGACAAUGUUAACUGAUGAACAACGCUCUGUUUUUGAAGAUAUUAUGGCAGCAGUAAACAGUGAUAACGGUCGGAUUUUUUUCCUUUAUGGGUAUGGCGGAACAGGUAAAACAUUUCUAUGGAAGACAUUGUCCGCUGCAAUUAGAUCAAGAGGUCAAAUCGUGUUAAAUGUGGCUUCAAGUGGAAUUGCAUCGUUGUUGUUAGAUGGUGGCAGGACUGCACAUUCCAGGUUUAGCAUACCGUUGAAUCUUACUGAAGAUUCGGUAUGUAAUAUAAAACCAGAAAGUGAUCUGUCUAAAUUACUUCAUGAGACUAAAUUGAUAAUUUGGGAUGAAGCACCUAUGGUUCACAAACAUGCAUUUGAAGCGCUCGAUAGAACAAUGAAUGACGUUUUCAACAUUGACACAUCUCUCAAUUCUGAAAUCCGAUUUGGAGGUAAGGUUAUUGUUUUUGGAGGAGAUUUUAGACAAAUAUUACCUGUUGUUCCAAAUGGUGGCAGACAAGAGAUUGUUAAUGCCUCCUUAUGUUCGUCUUAUUUGUGGAGUAAAUGUAAAUUGCUAAGACUAACUAGAAACAUGAGGUUAACGGUUGGAAGAUCUACGACUGAUGUUGAUGAAAUAAAUAGUUUUGGCAAAUGGCUUUUGGAUUUGGGUGAGGGUAACGUUGGUGGUCCAAAUGAUGGAGAAGCAACUAUUGAAAUACCACAAGAUCUUUUGAUUACUGAUCCAUCUGAUCCAAUUGGAAACGCCCAUAACUAUUUCAGUGACCGGGCCAUACUUGCACCUAAAAAUGAAGUUGUUCAUGAGAUUAAUGACAGGUUGCUAGCAAUGUUUCCUGGUGAAGAAAAAGAGUAUCUUAGCUCUAACAGUCUUUGUCCGUCUGAAGAUGUAAAUUCUACACAACAAAGACUUUACUCUCCGGAUGUGCUCAAUGGUCUUAAAAUAUCUGGCCUACCAAAUCAUAGGUUAGUCCUUAAAGUUGGUGUUCCAGUGAUGUUAUUAAGAAAUAUUGAUCAACGGAAUGGAUUGUGCAACGGUACAAGGCUACAAGUAAAAAAGCUGCACAACCGUGUAAUAGAAGCGAAGAUAAUAUCUGGUUCAAAUAUUGGUACUUGCACAUAUAUCCCUCGAUUAAACUUGAUACCUUCUGAUAAAAAGAUUCCUUUUUCUUUUCAAAGAAGGCAAUUUCCACUAGCCGUAUGUUUUGCGAUGACCAUCAACAAAAGUCAAUGCCAAUCUCUUUCAAGAGUAGGUUUGUACCUCAAACAACCGGUCUUCUCUCAUGGUCAGUUGUAUGUUGCCUUAUCAAGGGUGAAAACAAGAAAUGGUGUCAAGAUACUCAUACUUGACAACAACGGAAAACCUACGGAUAAAACAACUAAUGUGGUGUAUAAAGAGAUAUUCAACGAAUUGUGA